AUAAAUAUUUAUAUUUCUCAUCACCUCUCAUAUCCUCCCAACUCAUUUCAACUUUCAACCUUAUUAUUACCCAUUCAAUUCACCCACACCACACCACUAUAUAUCUUUUUAUAAUAAACACUUCCCAUAAUUAUCCCAUCCACUCUCCAAUUUCUCAUCAUCACAUAAAUCUUGUAAACAAUUAUUGUCAGUACUAUAUUCUUAGGAUAGUUGGCUUGGGAGUGAAGAAUAGGAAAAAUUAUGGAAAUUCAAGAGAACCAACAAGAAUCAUGGUCAGAGGCAGAGAGCACAGAUAGCCGAAGCUCACGAGUGGGCUUCAGUGGGCCUUUAGUAUCAAACAAACAAAGGAACGGAAGGUUCAAAGACGAUGACGGUGAAAUGGUGGAGAUAACGUUGGACGUCCGCGACGACAGCGUUUCAGUCCAGAACAUUCGGGGUGGAGAUUCCGAAACAGUGUUUCUGGCGAGCAGGCUGGAGAAGAAACCGACGUCGCUGUCGGCUCGACUGAGACAGGUGUCGAUGGAGCUGAAGCGCAUGACGUCAUUUAAGACGUUCGAUAAGGUUGAUAGAUCGAAAUCGGGUGCUGCUCGUGCUCUACAAGGUUUCAAGUUUAUGACAAAAACCGUUGGAACUGAUCAUGAAGGUUGGUCCCAGGUUGAGAAUCGCUUUCAUCAAUUAGCUCUUGAUGGUAAAUUGCCCAAGACUCGCUUUAGCCACUGCAUAGGAAUGAACGAAUCGAAGGAGUUUGCCGGAGAGUUAUUUGAUGCAUUAGCACGUCGUCGAGGUAUAGCAGCGGCUUCCAUCACAAAGGAAGAGUUGCGAGAAUUUUGGGAGCAAAUUACAGAUCAAAGCUUUGAUUCAAGGCUUCAAACCUUUUUUGAUAUGGUGGACAAGAAUGCUGACGGACGAAUUACCGAAGAAGAAGUAAAAGAGAUUAUCGGCUUAAGUGCUUCGGCCAAUAAGCUAUCAAACUUACAAGAACGAGCAGAGGAAUAUGCUGCCCUUAUCAUGGAGGAGCUGGACCCAAGCAACCUUGGAUAUAUUGAGCUGUACAACUUGGAAAUGCUUCUUUUGCAAGCCCCAGCACAAUCAGCCCACAUAACCACAGAUAGUAGGGUAUUAAGCCAAAUGUUGAGCGAUAAGUUAGUUCCUACAAAAGAGCACAACCCUAUGAAACGGGCUUUUAGAGAACUAACAUAUUUUAUGGAGGAUAAUUGGAAACGUAUUUGGAUCAUAGCUCUAUGGUUUUCCAUUUGUGUAGCACUUUUCACUUGGAAGUUUGUCCAAUACAAACAUCGUGCCGUUUUCCAUAUCAUGGGCUAUUGUGUCACCACAGCCAAGGGAGGUGCUGAGACACUUAAGUUUAACAUGGCCUUGAUCUUGUUGCCUGUAUGUAGAAACACCAUCACUUGGCUUAGGAGUAGGACCCAACUUGGAAUGGUGGUUCCCUUUGAUGACAACAUCAAUUUUCAUAAGGUGAUAGCUUUGGGCAUUGCAAUUGGGGUUGGUUUGCAUGCAAUUUCACAUUUGACUUGUGACUUCCCAAGGUUAUUACACGCCACAGAUGAAGAAUAUGAACCCAUGAAACAAUUUUUUGGGGAUGAGAGGCCCAAUAAUUAUUGGUGGUUCGUUAAAGGAACCGAAGGUUGGACCGGUGUGGUCAUCGUUGUACUUAUGGCUAUAGCUUUUAUUUUGGCCCAACCUUGGUUCCGUCGUAAUAGACUUAAACUACCCAUUCUCCUCAAGAAGCUCACUGGUUUCAAUGCUUUUUGGUAUUCUCAUCACCUUUUUGUCAUUGUCUACGUGCUUUUUAUCAUUCAUGGAUACUUCCUAUACCUUAGCAAGAAAUGGUACAACAAAACGACAUGGAUGUAUCUAGCCGUUCCUAUGAUACUAUAUGGAUGUGAAAGAAUACUUCGUGCUUUUAGAUCUGGCUACAAAUCUGUGAGGAUACUAAAGGUUGCAGUGUACCCGGGAAAUGUACUUGCAUUGCAUGUGUCUAAACCACAAGGAUUUAAGUAUACUAGUGGCCAGUAUAUUUAUGUUAAUUGUUCGGAUAUUUCUCCAUUUGAAUGGCAUCCAUUUUCUAUUACAUCUGCUCCUGGAGAUGAGUACAUAAGCGUUCACAUUCGAACUUUGGGUGAUUGGACCUCACAACUCAAGGGUAUUUUCGCCAAGGCAUGUCAACCAGCAAAUGAUGACCAAAGUGGUCUCUUACGAGCUGAUAUGUUACCAGCCAAACCAAGCUUACCAAGGAUGCCAAGGCUAAGAAUUGAUGGACCUUAUGGAGCACCAGCACAAGAUUACAAAAACUAUGAAGUCCUUCUUCUAGUGGGACUAGGAAUUGGUGCCACACCUUUGAUUAGCAUACUCAAAGAUGUGCUAAACAACAUUAAGCAACAAGAAGACUUAGAAGAAGGAGUCAUAGAAAAUGGAAUUAAGAACAAUAAGAAAAAACCUUUUGCUACUAAACGAGCCUACUUCUAUUGGGUUACUCGAGAGCAAGGUUCUUUUGAAUGGUUUAAAGGGGUGAUGAAUGAGGUAGCGGAGAAUGAUAAGGAAGGUGUAAUUGAGCUUCAUAACUAUUGCACAAGUGUGUAUGAAGAAGGAGACGCUCGUUCCGCUUUGAUCACAAUGCUUCAAUCCAUUCACCAUGCCAAAAAUGGUGUUGAUGUAGUUUCAGAGACAAGGGUGAAGACACAUUUUGCUAGGCCUAAUUGGCGUAAUGUGUAUAAACAUGUUGCUCUCAAACACCCUGAUAAAAGAGUUGUAUUAUUUUUAGGUGUUUUUUACUGUGGGACGCAUGGAUUGGUUGGAGAACUAAGAAAGCUUUCUUUGGACUUUUCCAGAAAAACUGGCACCAAGUUUGAUUUUCAUAAAGAAAAUUUUUAGAUUCUUUCUUACAUAGUUAUUUUUUGCCCCUUCAAUUGUAAUACAUCAGUAUAUAUAAUAUUAUUGUCAUAUAGAUAGUUGAAUCAUUCUUUAUUGUAGAGGUAUAAAGCUAGCUAGCUCUAUUUGAUGGAUGGAGUUGUAUACAUGUAUGAAAAAAUUUCUUCACUUUUUUUUUUGUAGUAAGAAUGAAGUUGUAAUGUUUUUGUUCUCACGCAAUAAAAUCAAAUGAUUAUUGUUGUGGUAUAACAAACUUAUUAUUUUA